CACUCGCUCUCAGAUUGAGCCUGCCAUGGCGGACAAGCUCGAGACUGUGAACGAGCGCAACUGCGGUACCAAGACCAUGCGCGUGCGAGUGCUGGACCCGAUGGCGCGCAAGACCAAGAAGGACUGCGAGGUCUUCACCUGCAAGCUGAUCAGCGAGAGUGGCCUCUAUUGCACAGCCGAACAGAUGAUCUUCGGGGACUCGCCGGCGGCGCGCACGAGAGUCAGCAAAGCAUUGGCGACCAAGUGGACCGCGAAAUCCGCGUGGUCUCUCUCCAAGCUGAAGCUUGUGCGCAAGAAAGAGGCCUUCCACGGGGGCCCGCGCUCAUGCGUACUUCAGCUGAACAACAAGGCCAUGACCACGAAAGCAUUGGACGCGCCGGAGGCCAACAAGCUGCCGGACGAGCUGGAGCCCCCCGUGGGAGUCCAGGAUGUCCUCGACCUCUCGCAGGACCAGGCGAUCGACCUCCACGGGCUCGUCUCGGAUGUUUCUCCCGAAGCCCAAUUCAAAGGCAAGAACUUGGUGGAGGCCACGGUCUGCAACGAGGCCGGAAGCAGCAUCACCUUAAAAUUUUGGGAGGGGGGCGCCCCCCGCGCAGAGGAGCUGCAGAAGAAAGAGCCCGUCUACAUCUACGGAGCGUACUUGGUCCACCCCGACGGUGGCGGCGUGUGCCUGUCAGUCCGGGAGUCCACGUCCUUCGCCGCGCCUACAGGCACGCGCCCCGAGAUAGCGGCCAUGCUCGCCGGCGGCGUUCGCGACCUCGCCGGCGACCAGAUCCAAGGCCUGACCGUCUAUGAGGCCAAGGACUACAAGGUCGGGCCCGCCACCAGCUCCAACGCGGCCGUCCUGGACGCGCUCCUCCAGAGCAAGACGACGCCCCCGGACACCCUGUUCGAGAUCCCGGCAGCGUCAUUCUCCCUCAGCGACACGGAGACGCUCUUGACAAAAGAUGGGACCCGCGCCUGGGCAUCCGCGCGCAUGGUCGACCACGCUGGGUCCGUGGAGGCCAAGGUGACGGAGAAGGUCGCCCUCGCGCUGACUGGCUGCACGGACAAGGCGGAAUUCCAGGCCGACGUUGAACAGGGGUCCGCGACGUGGACCCGGGCGCGCGUUCGGGCCACGCUGCGCGCCCCGAAGAGCGUUGAUGGCGACAAGACGAGCACGGACCCCCGCCUGAUCAUCGUGUGCGCGGACCCCCGGAACUUCGACGCCGUCGCCCCGCUGCCCGCCCCGCACAGCGACAGCCGCGUCGUUCCCGCGCACGCCCGCAGCAUUUCCUUGAGCACCACCGGGAAGCUGACCAUCACCAUCGGCUCCGCGCGCUUCCUCGCGAGCGGCGCGCUCCUCCUGGUAGAGGCCACGAAAGACCCCGAGACCGUGCCGCGCGAGGGCGGCUUCGCGAUCACCAACUACAUCGUGGACGCGGCGGAGAGCGACUCCGACCAGAAAGCCGUCUUCCACGCCGUGACUGCCUGCGCGACGAAACGCUUGGGCCGCUGCGCGCUCGCGAAGAAAGACCAGGCGCUCAUCGUGGUCACCCACUUCGACGCCGCGACGUCCGAGUUUACCGUGAGCGACAUGUGGAAGUUGCCUCCCAGCAUCACGCCCGACGCGUUCAGGACCGAAAUUGCUGCUGCAGGUGAGACUCUGACCAGUCGCCGCACGCGCGCCAAGCGCAAGGCCGACCCCAAGGCCGAGGACAACUUCGACGAGUUCCUCGGGCCCGCGGUCAAGCGCAUCCACGAGGCGUUCGGCGACCCGGCCGCGCCCGCGGAGUGA